CAUAACAUAUUUUUGUUUAUUUAUAUUUUCAAUGCAAACCUAUUUGAUUGAUAGUUCACUACUAAAUGGUUUUUUUGAACCACACUAUCGAUAAUCACUGAUCGGAUAUCUGGUGUCAGUCAGUCAGUCAGUCGGCUAAGCCAUGGAUCAGGUCGUUGUUGUCGAAGACACCGUUAUUGUCGUCCAAGAAGUGGAAGCUAUCGAUGAAAUCAAAACAUCAUCGCCGCCGCCGCAGCCGAUGACCACAACAACAGCAAUGAUUGUCGAUUCAGUUGUCAAUUGCACGGUUGAUGGUGACCACCAAUUGGUGACACCGAUUGUUUUUACUGUGGCCACUAGUGACCAAACACAUGAUGAUGAUGAUGAUGUCGAUAAAGUUGCUGAUUGUCUAAAUAGUGGUCAAAUAGUCGUUGUUGGUGGUGAUGGUGGUGACGAAUCCAUUGUUGACCAAAAUAUUAGUAACGGCGGCCGACAGCCACGGAGCAGAUCCAUGCGAUUCAGUCAUAUUCGAGAAGUACAACAACUCAAGCAAGACAUACAGCGGCUGAAGAGCGAACUGACUCAAUACAGACGACACAAGACGACUGUUACGCUCAAAAAUAAGAAGUUGGUUCAACUGAGGAAAGAAAACGACAAACUGAUCCAACAGUUACUGGUGGCCAACAAAGUUAACGAUAUUUUGGUUCGUAUAAAAGAGCAUUUGGAACAAAAGUUGGCCACUGUUUCGGCCAAAGCCAACGGCGAUAAUGAUAAGAUUGCCGACGACGAAGCCGAUUGCCUGUUGACACAACUGAACAACGAUUACACAGAAGCGCUUAAUGAACGGAAAUCCAACGGUACUGCUGAUGCCGAACCAGUGACCAAAAGUUUUGAUACAAAGUUUAGGUCACGUAUUACCGGUAAUUAUAUGGCCAGUCGUGUCCUAAAUAGUACCACAACUUUAGUCAAGAAGGGCAGAGGUAGACCACGAAAAUGCGAUUCACUAACUAAGACAUCCACUAUUCCGAAGGCCGUGUGCAGUGAUGUGGACGCACUUAAAAAGCCGAGACAAUCGUUUAAAUGUCCGUACGAUGGCUGUACUUACCGGUGCACGCGUAGCAAAAUGCUUAGCGAACACAUCAACAGUGCCCACACUGGGGAACGGCCAUAUGUCUGUCCAAUUUCCGACUGUAACAAAGGGUUUGCCCGUUCCAAUACACUUGAUGUUCACAUCAAAUCGUGUCAUAGCGAACAACGGCGCUACCGGUGCACGUGGGAGGGCUGCGAUGUGGCCCUCAAAACUAAAUUAGGUCUCAAUAUUCAUCUUCAAAGACAUUCUGGUGAGAAGCAGUUCCAAUGCCAGUGGCCCGGCUGUACCUAUCGGGGAAUGACCAAACAACGGCUGGAGAUACACGUUAUGAAUCAUACGGGCGAAAGACCUUAUAAGUGCAUGUGGCCGGGCUGUGACGCAACGUUCACAUCAUCCGAUUGUCUUCGAUCUCAUCAAAAGUCACACAGCAAUAACCGUCCCUAUAAAUGCGAUUGGCCUGGUUGCGAUUCGGCAUUUAAGGCUAACCGUGCACUGACCAUACAUAAGGUGAUCCAUACGAACGAACAAGUAUUUCGCUGUAUUUGGGAGGGCUGUGAAUUCCGAUGCAAUCGCUAUCACAUACUGGCCACACAUCGACUCAGUCAUACGGGUGGCAAAAAAUUCGGGUGCAGUUGGCCCGGUUGCGAGUCCAAGUUUGACCGCCGCAAUAAACUAGAGAUGCAUUUGAUGAUACACAGGGGCGACAAACCGCACCGUUGCGAGUGGCCCGGCUGUGACAAACGGUUUGUCGAAAAGGGCAAUAUGCGCAAACAUUAUAAUAGUAUUCACGUGAAAAAGUGACCCUAAACGGGACGGACGGGAGUG